CGUGUCAGUCACAGCACCACAACAAACAUGGUCCGUAUAGGAUAUAUCGUCGUUGUUCUGUGUCUUCUUGUAGCGUGUGUCAACGCAGGCAGAUACGGAGGCUACGGUGGUGGUUACGGGAAUUUUGGAGGACUUGGUGGAUACGGAGGUUAUGGCCUGGGAGGCUUUAGAGGCUUUAGAGGCUUCGGAGGUCGUGGCUAUGGCGGAGGCUUCUUCGGUGGACCCAGAGGAGGAUAUUACGGAUACGGGAAGUAAACAUCCUGGUCUGUGUGUGUGUAUGUCUUCACAACACCGUGUUCACUCACCAGUGUGUUGGUAUGUCCUCACAACACUGUAUUUACUCAAGCCUGCGACACAGUGCACUCAGUGAUAUGUUCUGACCAUAAUAAAAG